AUGUUGGGGAGCGGGGGUUACGAGGUGGGAUCAAAGAGACAAAGAAUGAUGCAAUCAAAUCCCUACUUGGCAGUUGGCAGCGGAGCAACCAGCUUUCCUCCUUACGCCUUUGUCUUCCCUGUGGUUCGCCUCAGGGGCCUCCCCUUCAACUGCUCCGACAUUGACAUCUUCAAGUUCUUUGCCGGGCUCGACAUCGUCGAUGUCUUGCUGGUCAGCAAAAACGGCAAAUUCUCCGGCGAGGCCUUUGUGGUCUUUGCCGGCCCCAUGCAAGUUGAGAUCGCUCUGCAGAGGGACAGGCACAAUAUGGGGAGGCGAUACGUGGAAGUUUUCCGGUGCUAUAAGCAGGAUUAUUACAAUGCCGUGGCUGCUGAGGAGGGCGCCUAUGAGAACGAGGUCCGUGCUAGCCCACCUCCUGCCGGGCCAUCUAGAGCAAAGAGGCUUGGCGAGAAAGACAAGCUUGAGUACACUGAGGUCUUGAAGAUGCGAGGCCUCCCCUACUCGGUGAACAAGCCUCAGAUCAUUGAGUUUUUCGGCGGGUACAAGCUUGUUGAAGGACGGGUACAUGUUGUGUGUCGACCUGAUGGGAAAGCCACGGGAGAGGCCUUUGUGGAGUUUGAGACGGCCGAGGAGUCGAGGAGGGCAAUGGCUAAGGACAAGAUGUCUAUUGGGUCAAGGUAUGUGGAGUUGUUUCCAUCUACGCGUGAAGAGGCUCGAAGGGCUGAGUCGAGGUCUAGGCAGUGA